AAUAAGGUUUAAAUAAAAAGGUCUUAGCCUGGAGCUGAAAAACAAAUAUUGUUUUGUUAGGCUUGUAGUCUGCCUCACCAGAUGCAAAGAAUUGUAUUGUCUUUAGAUCAGUUUUGCAAAUAAGUCUGCUAAACUUACUAGCCCAUGGCAAUUAUUGACCAACAUCCCAUGAAUGCACCUGGUAGCUCAUUGCUUCAUCUAGGCUUGUUAACUAUAUGCAUCCAUACUUUGCAAAGAAAAGUUUGGCCCAUUGUGCAGGGGAAAAUAACUUUUUAUGGUGCAUUUCAAGCUGUAAUUGCCAUUUCUCCGCUUAAUUUUGCUAGCACUAGAAUUGGAAAUUAUUAAGGGACUUGGUAUUGUGCUGUCUACCAAACCUGCUCACAACGAUCCUCCCUUCCUUGUACUUCCUGGUGCCAAAAUGCCUGCGAGUUUUCUUUGGAAGAGACAGAAGUGAAGGUGGGGUUUUGGUGGUAGUUCUAACAGUAUUUAUUCACUGUCUAAAAUCACCAGACUAUGCACUAAUCACAUUUCAGUGAACCCUGUUUCAACUAUAUGUAUAAUUAUUGUCUUAUACAUAGCAUUAAAAUUAGGCAGUCUGUGGCACUGUCCAUGUGCAUGUGUACCUUGUCAUCUGGAUAACGGGAGAAGAGAGGAAGAUGGGAGCUAAGCGAAUGGUGGCAGAGAUGAUCUGAUCACUUGCCCUGGAAAGCACACUGUUUUACCCAAGCAGGAGAGAAGACUACAGAAGUAUGACUGUGAUUUUAGCCCGUGUCUACAACUAAACCGCUUCAUCCCACAGCAUUGUUGUUGUCACAUACUGUCAAAACAUCUCCAAAUACUGCAACCUAAUGAGUGAAUGCACUCCUGGAUGUCCUGUCGUCAACAGCUUUUAUUGCCGCAGUUCUCCGGAAGCGAAAACUUGAUUAUUAUUUGUACAAACUGCUCCCUGAAAUCUUGCAAUCAACGUCCUUUCUAACAGCAAAUGGAAGUCUGUACAUUGCAUUUUUCUGCAUUUUAAGGAGGAUCCUUGGAAAAUUCUAUUUUUGGACUCCUGGUUUUGGUGCUGCUUUACCAGCUUCUUACAUGGCUAUUCUUAUCGAAAGGAAGAGCAGGAGAGGGCUGCUUACAAUUUACAUGGCUAACUUGGCCACAGAAACUCUGUUUCGCAUGGGAGUGUCGAGAGGAAAGAUUACUCCUUUAAGGCAUGGCGAGGUCAUUUUGUUCUGCAUCACAGCUGCCCUGUUUAUGUUCUUUUUCAGAUGCAAAGAUGGUUUGAAAGGAUUUACAUUCUCAGCGCUGAAAUUCAUGGUAGGGAAAGAAGAAAUUCCCACGCAUUCAUUUGCACCUGAAGCUGUGUUUCCAAGAAAAGAGAGAAAGAUAAAAUACUGUGAAGAAAUAACGCAGCGUAUGAACAUAAUUGCUGUAACAAAGAAACUUGUGGACAAAGUAUGCAAAUGUGGGCCAAGACACAGAUGCUGUAAGCACUAUGAAGAUAAUUGCAUCUCGUAUUGCAUUAAAGGCUUCAUUAGGAUGUUUAGUGUCGGUUACUUGAUCCAGUGCUGCCUUCGAAUCCCAUCAGCAUUCCGGCAACUGUUUACAAAGCCUUCCCGGCUGCUCUCCCUCUUCUACAACAAAGAAAAUUUCCAGCUUGGGGCUUUUCUCGGGUCAUUUGUCAGUAUAUACAAAGGUACGAGCUGUUUGCUGCGCUGGGUACGGAACCUGGAUGAUGAGCUGCACGCUCUUAUUGCAGGGUCCUUGGCAGGAAUGUCAAUGAUGUUUUACAAAAGCACUACCAUCUCAAUGUAUCUGGCUUCCAAACUUGUGGAGGCUAUGUAUUUCAAAGGCAUCGAAGCCGGAAAGGUUCCCUAUUUCCCUCAUGCGGACAGUAUCAUCUAUGCUAUAGCCACAGCCAUCUGCUUCCAGGCAGCUGUGAUGGAAGUUCAGAACCUGAGACCUUCAUACUGGAAAUUCCUAUUACGGCUAACCAAGGGAAGGUUUGCUGUAAUGAACAGGAAGGUCCUGAAUGUAUUUGGUACGGAAGCAUCUAUGCAUUUCAAGGAUUUCAUACCUAAACUCGACCCAAGAUAUACAGUUGCACUGCCAGAAAUACCUGUGGAACGGCCCUGGAAAUGAAGCAUUUGCCUGUGAUUAACCCUGGCCAAGCCGGCCUGUGCCUGAACUGCAGAGUUAAUUCACUUAACAGUCAAAUCUAUGGAAGAAAGCCACUUCAGUAUUGUUUCAGCGAGCUGUAUUCUCUGAAGCACUGUGGAGAGGUCUGGCUUAAUUGCACCCCUCUCUUGUUAGAAAGCAUCUCUGGGUCACUGUGGCUGGUUGACACAGCCUGGUAGAUUUCUGACGGAAUUAUUUAUCAACGGAUUAAUAUAUCAAAAGGGUUUUUUAAGUACCUGAAUGUACUUAAAAAUAACGUUUCGAGACAAUUCAUUUUAAUUCAUUCCAGUAGAUAAUUUAAAAAAGAUAUUUUUGCAUUUAGAAAAUAAAAGGUACAUCAAAUAUAUAGACUGUAGGUCCAAAGUUACUGUAAAUUUUAUUUAAAAGUCAGCUUCUAGUGGAAAAACUUUUCUCUGGUAUAGAUAGAUUUUUUUUUUAAUAUGUCACUGGAAAAUGUUUGAAGAGCUGAGAUCUGGUACUCUUUUGAUGGCUGCACUGUUUAUAUCCAGCUUUGAAUUAAAAAAAAAAAACUGCUUUGCAGGAACAAGCCCUCUGCUCCUAAAUCCAAUUGCAUACCUGUAACCUCACUGAGAAAAGAGAAAACACUGACAUUUAGGCUUGGAUGAGAUACUUGAAUGGAUAGUUAAGACAGACCAGACCAUUGCAGGAUGGAAUGUAGUAUUUUUUACAUUUUGAAGUGAGUCUCAAUUACCAGAUGAUUUUACGAGCAAAAGCUCAAAAGUGUGCAUGCAAAAAGACUUGUGAAAAUGGAUGUGCUCUUGAAUAUGGAAUUGAUUUUCUUUUCUAAGCCUCAAUACAAGGUCAGUAAUUGAGUGGUCCUCAAAAGGAAUCAAAACUCCAAUGUUGAAUGGAUGAAGCAAAACAGAUUGAUUUGUCACGUACAUGGGUGCUGUUUACUUUUCUUAUUUUGUCUCGUGUGAAGUGUUUUUGAAAGAGGAGCAGAUACAAAAUAACCGCAUGCAGACAAGCAAGUUUAGUGAAACCGGUCAUUGCUCAAAAUCCAGUCCUGUUCCUGCCGUGUGCCUAUGGGAACUCAGUGAUAUAAUUCUGUUUUGAUGAGUGAGUCAGUUCAGCUAGGUUUGGUGAAGGAUUCCAAGGUGUUUGAAGGAAAAAAGAUUUUUACUUGGAUUUAUCUAAUAUGCCAAAAGCUGAAAUAGCUGUGUAUACAAGCAUCAGAAAAAUUGGCUCCGUUGUUCCCUGAGCUUCUGGUUUAAUUGCUGUAGGUUAUUUUUUCUGUAAAACGAUCUAGUGGAACAAUUUCAUAUACUAUAACAAUGAGGUUACAUUCCAAGAACAACAAGGGUUUCAUUUAUACUUUUGUUUGGACCUACUGAGAAUGUCAGAAGGAACAAGAGCACUUUUCACUUCCUCUUUCAUUGUUUAAUCUUCUUUAAGCUGGAAGUUACAAGAAGACAGUUAAGCAAAGAUGUUUCUGGGUGCAAUGAGAUGUUUUAUAGUCAGCAAAUAUUUGCUCUUGUUGGUGUUUUUAUUAUAUCCCAGAGCAGCCCACAUCCCCAGCUUGCUUUCUUCUUCAGCUGAUAUCCAGCCUAAAUUAAAGUUCAGAUGAACGUAGAACACUGUCUUACUACUUCGUAGCUGGUCCCAGCAGACGUAUCAAGCCCCUGUGGCUGUUUGGACGGGCCACCAUGUCUGCCUUGGCUUAUUGUCUUUGGAGAAUGAAGUCCUUCAAGAAAGAAGUAAUCAUGACUGUUAAAUGUGCACUUUUUCUUCUUUUCUUUGUGUGCUAGACUUUGUAUCAGGUUUGUUAAGCUGUGAUGAAUCUGUACUUGGGUAAUGAUUAUGUUUUAUCCCUUUGUUAUUAACGCAGUACCAAUGAGUAAACCUGCUGCUGCCGCUUGGCUAUCAGAAGUCUAUUUGAGCAGUAUCUGGACAUGCGGGGAGUUGCCACGUUAUUGGUGAAUUAUCCAAGCAAGACCAUGAAGAAAGUAUAUGACAGAGGCAGGCCUGGUACUCAGGGGUUUGUCAUGGGUGCGCCCAUGCCAGUGAUACUUGGCCAGAUAGUUGCAGCAGAUCUGGCCUUGGCACAAAACAAAUGGCCAGUAAGAAGAGAGAGCGAGUGGGGAGUCUGCGUCAGUGUGGUCUCCAUCUGUGCAAUUCCUUGAAAGGGAGAUCUCUUGUUCGGUUGAGAAGUCACAAGUGAUGCUUGGAGCAGUUGGCCAGCAUCAGCCAUCACAGAUCCCUUUGGGGCACAUGGUUUUACUUCAGCCCCCAGGGUUCAGGUGGUCCACCCUGGGGGUCUACCCAUGCUCCUCAUGUGAGCAGCCUGCACACAGAGGUCUCUGCAAGCCCCGGUGGGUGGCACAGUGCAAUCAAUGGCAUGCCAUAGGGUGAGGGCGGCCAGGAGCUGAGCAUUUGCCCCUUUCUUAUAAGCAUUCACAGCAGGAUGGGAAGAUCAUCAAGAAAGGAUAGUGACAGGAUUUCAGUUGACUGGAGCUGGGGAGGGGGAGGUUUCUGGUGCAGUGGAUGCAUCACAGCACCGUGCUGUACCCAUAAUGCUUGGAUGCCUUGGGUGAAGCUAAUGGAGUAAAGGAACUGAAUGGGGCAGGCUUGGAGGAGAGACUCCCAUGCGUGAACUUCUCUGGCAGUCUUUUAGAUCACCAUUCAGCUCGGCAUUCUGCUGUUUCCCUCCAGAUACUUUGAACUAUAAAUCCCAUCAGCCAUGUGGAAUGCUUCAGGUUGGAGAAAGCCAAUUCAGAUGUUGUCUAUGCUGCCCAUUUCACCAGCCUAUUGGAAAAUUAGGAUCUGAGCAUCUUACUGCGCAUUUCAACUUACUGAGUUUUUGUUAUACUUUUUAUUAGUCUAUAAGCUUAUCGUAAGAAUCGUCCCAUGCCAGGCAAAGUAGUCAAAGCACUGAAGCACCUGCGUCUCUGUGCCAGCUUGAAUUUUUUCCUUUCUGUUGUCAGCUGAACUUGCAUCAUGGCUGAACUUUCUCCAGCUUUACCCAAGUGAAAUUGCAUCAUGAGUUGAAAUCCAACCUCUGUCCUCUUGCUUAACCGCUAGAUGAUCUCCCAGGAAAAGCUGACAUCUGAAGGGAGAUGAAAUUGUCUCUGAAAGAGCAUCUUCCUGGGUAGUGUGGGAUUGGAAUCGCCUUUUGCUGAAUAUGAUUCCUCUCAGUCUCCCAGCAGGGCACUGCUAAGAUGAGAAGGGAAAGGUUUACUUCCCCCAUUGCUGCAGAUUUUCUCUUUUCAGGUGGCUGUUGCAGAUAAAAGAGGGAUUCCACAGAAACAGGUGCCAGGUGAUCUUAUCGCCACUCUUUUUUCUGGGGAGCAAAGUUCUGCACGAAGAAACGUUCCUCACUUUGGCUCAGGCCUGCUAAUCAUAUGAUACCCAUACACAUAUGUGUAAAGUAAUGGCAAGGUUUAAGCUUAUUGCAUGGAAGAGAACAAUGGUCGCAAGAAGUGACAAGAGAAGAAACACUGGAGUCUGAAUACUUCCUCUCCUUUGGCUUUCGGCUCUUGUAAGAAAGGGAGAGAUGCUCAUUUACCUCAGGAAAUGUAUUCCUGCAUCAAACAAAUGCACUGGAAGCAAGGGGAGAAAAGCAAGCCCUCUUUACCUCCUUUAUCUGAAUGCCUGAAACAGCAGUCAGUUUUAUUGAAAUUGGUGGGAUUAGGUUCCAAGUAAUACUGUUUUAGAUCCUGGUAUAAGUGUGGUUUUCAUUAGGAUGGAAAUAGUAUAUUACUCUCUGUGGGAGCUGGAAUGUUUUGAGCACUGUAUUUCUACAGACAGCCAGGGCUUCUGCCCGACAUCUUAUUUUCCGUGUUUCAUGCUCCUUGGUUAUACUGGUUUCUAUGUACUAAAAAUUUUAAAAACAAUAUUUUAAGGAACCGAAGUUAUUUUUACUGGAAAAGUUGGAAAUAAACAGUGAGCCCUGCUGUCUUUUGUCCCUAAUUAUUAAAAUAUUUGCUUGCUGAA